AUGUUGACCCCCGAUUCAAUUGCAAGCGCUGCUGUCCUUUCCGGUGCCGCUGCUCUCGGUUUUUUGUUCAUAAAAUACCAUGACCGGGCAGUAUUUUACGAUCGUCCCGAAGGUGUCAUGUUCAAUCCUGGUGCUCCGCUUUUCGGUUCUCUCUUCGAGCAGAUUAAGAACAAAGAACGCAUCUUGGAAGCAACUGAUGAUCGAUUGAAAAAAUUCGAUACACUCACUUUCGCUCAGACAGUGCUUGGACUUCCCCCGCAGAUCAUGACGAUUGAUCCAAACAAUGUCGAGUACAUUUUAAAAACCAAUUUCUCGAAUUAUGUAAAGGGGCCGCAGAAUGCCAUGGGUGACUUAUUCGGCCACGGUAUCUUUGUUGCAAACGGAGAACAAUGGAAGUAUCAACGAAAGGCUGCCAGCUUAAUCUUUAACGUGGUCAACUUUAGAGACCAUUUCACAGGUGUGGUUUUUGUGAAGGAACUCAACAUCUUAUCCAAAAACAUCUUUGACAAGAAGGCUGAAAACGGCAAGUCGGUUGACUUUCACGACGUCAUUUACAAAUUCACUUUGGACUCGUUCGUCUAUCUUGGCUUUGGCAAGCAGCUCAACUCACUGUUAAGCAAAGAAAAGGUUCCCUUUGCGGAGUCAUUCGAUAUUUGUCAACAAAAAUGUUUUGAACGCUUUGUUGAUCCAUUCGCCGAUCUACGUGAGGCAUUGAAACCCAUAUUCAGACCAGGCACCAAAACCAUCAAACAACAUCUCAAAACUGUUAAUGAUUUUGCCUAUACUUUGGUCAACGAGAGACGCGAGCAGCUCAAGAACGGUGGCGAGUACAAGGAUUUGCUGUCACGUUUUAUGAGUGCUCGCAAUGAGAAAAAUGAGCUCUUGAGCGACACCGAGCUACGCGAUACCGUGCUAAACUUCAUCAUUGCGGGUCGCGAUACUACGGCUCAAGCACUCUCUUGGACUUUCUAUAAUUUGAUGUUGCAUCCUCGUAUUGAAGCCAAGCUUCUUAGUGAGAUUAACGAACAUGUUCCAGAGGAUACAUCGUCGCUGGAUGCACCAACAUGGUGUGAAGUGCUGCGUCUGUCUCCAUCCGUUCCCAGUAACCUCAAAACGGCGCUUGAGGACGAUGUUUUGCCUGACGGUACUCCUGUGCGAAAGGGUGACUCUGUGAGCUGGACCCCUUACGCCAUGGGUCGCUCAGAGAAGCUAUGGGGUCCUGAUGCUCGCUCCUUCCGCCCUGAACGCUGGAUAACAGAGGAUGGCGACCUUCGUCGUGAAUCUCAAGGGCAUUGGCCUGCUUUUCAUGCAGGUCCGAGAGUAUGUCUCGGCCAGAACCUUGCAACAUUGGAGGGAAUCGUGGCCAUUGUUAUGUUGCUAAAGCGUUACAAAUUCUCGCUCGCACCUAGUCAAGAAGUGACUUAUACGAUAUCGCUCACACAUCCCAUGAAAAAUGGGAUGAAGGUGUUUGUAGAAAGGCGCUAG